AAACCGAAUUUAAAUGAAAUUAUAAGUAAUUUUUGCAAAGAAAUUAUGCAGGUUUUAUUUCUUUGUGUAUUCAUACCUUUAGUUGUCAGCGAAUUUAACUUGACUGUAGUUCACAUCACUGAUCUGCAGUCUCACUGGUUUGAGUUUAAUGAAAAUGGAGAUAAAUGCUCACAGGAAGAAUCGAUAACUGGCAAAUGUUUCGGCGGGUUUCCGCGACAUGUGUCGUUAGUCCACGAGAUACGCAAGAAGGAGAAUAAUGUCUUAGUCCUGAGCUCAGGAGAGUUCUAUCUAGGCCGUUCAUUGAAUGCUUUACAUGGAUGGAAAUUAGCACGCGCAUUGCUACCCUACUUGGACUUGGAUGCUAUGAGUUUGUCCAAUCACGAUUUCAACAGUGGGAUGUUCGAACUCUCAGCUUUCCUCUACGCAAUGAAAUUUCCUGUUCUGUGCGCAAAUAUGUGGGCAAGAAACACUUCUUUCAUCUAUAGUAGAGUGAACAGGAGCGCUGUGUUCAAUAUCGGGGGCGAAAAAGUUGGAGUUGUUGGUUACGUGCAUCCAAAGACUUUACAGAGAUCGCGAAAGGCGGCAAGUGUGGAAUUUCUUCCAGAAAUUCCCGCGAUCCAGGAAGAAGUCGAUCGCCUUCAAGAGGAAGGAGUGAACAAAAUAAUUGCUCUUGGGCAUUCAGGAUAUUAUGUCGACUUGGAAAUAGCCGCAGAGGUGAAAGGAGUUGAUAUAGUCAUGGGAGGCAAUUCAGAUAUCAUGCUACGUAAACCAGAAUCUGAUGAUGUGUCAACAACGGUAGGAAACAUUCAUGGUAAUUUUCCUCGAAUCCAUCAUCAUGAAAGCGAUGAAAAUGAAGUCGGUGAAGACUCAAUCAAGAACCGAACUCUCAUUCUGCAUAUUCCUCAACACGGAACAUACGUCGGAGUUAUGCGAAUGACGUUUGACAACAGUGGCAAUAUUAUUCACGAAAGUGGAGAACCAAUUCUGCUUGACAGCAGUAUUCCUCAAGACGAAGAAACGUUGCAUGUCCUACAAAAUGCUGCCACGUCUCUGGAGAAGAUAGCUGAGCAUAGUCGUCUGCCUGACAGCGACGAAAUUCUUGCAGUCACCGUGACAGAUCUGGAAGGGAGCUCUCGAAAAUGCCGGAUGGAAGAAUGUACUCUAGGGAAUAUGGUAGCAGAUGCUAUGCUCUAUUGCUAUAUGAAAAAUGCUUACAAUGAAACAGCGCAGGUAGUAGAUACAGAGCUGUGGGAAUACGUGGAUGCAGUCGUUCUUAACUCUGGCAUUGUUCGCUCUUCCCUAAGAACUAGAAAUAUCACCAUAAAGAAUUUGCUGCAUUCGUUAUUUUUGGGCGAUUUCAUGGAAAGAGUAUAUAUGUCAGGACAACAGCUGAAAGUUUUCAUGGAGCAUUCUGUUUGGGACUAUGAUCCAAAUGGCGUAACAUCACCAGGAGCUUUCUUACACGUGGCUGGAAUAAGGAUUGAAUACGAUCUUCAAAAGCCACCAGGGUACCGUGUUAGAAAUCUGCAGAUUCGUUGCAAAAAUUGUAUCAGUACAUAUGAGCCCGUGAAGCCUUCUAAGACUUAUUUUAUUGCAAUGUCAAGUUUUCUUUCCAGUGGUGGAGAUGGCUUCCCUGAAUCGCAACUUGCAAACUCUGAUGACUUAGGUCAGUUUGACGUUUUACUAAUUGUUGAAUAUUUGAGAGAUGUCCGUAUACUGCAUACAAUAAUUGAUGGGAGGAUUACGUUCUUUAAAAAUUCUGAUGACAAUAACAGUAACAGUACAAUUACAAAACAGUCAGAAAAUUAUAAUACAACAUCUUUAGUUUCACCUCCUCUUUCGUCUUCGAGUAUGAAACCUGAAGUGUCGCAAAAAAUUCAAUCCAGGAGUAAACUCAACAUUUCAACGACAAAGUAUACUUACACUUCUGUAAUGAAAGGUGAUGCAUUGGUCAAUUUUAGUGCAAAAGCUUCACCAAUGGAGACUGAUGAGAAAGAAGAAAAUAUAUCUAAUUUUCAAGAAAUGAAAAGUUUGCAAGCUAAUAAGGAAAAUGAAACUACCAGUACUAAACGAAAAGAGAAUAUAAAAAAUAAACCUGACCACGAUAUUUCAGAAAUUAAUGCGCAAACUAGGCCCUCUACCUUUGAGUCUGUUUCAGAUUUAGAAAUGGCCAUUAGAUCUGAAUCUGUAAGCGAACUACGGUUAAAAUCACACACGAGCAUCCUACCGGAAAAUGUUUCUUUGAAACAGUAUAAAGAACAAAUUACAAAUAUUGCAAAGGAUGGAAAUAGUUCAAUUUCAGCUUCAGUUUUACGUGAAAACAAUUUUCAGAAGACAGAAAUAACGGAAAAUCGGAAAAUUUUGUUUAAAGACUCUUUAGCAAAAAACGCAGAAAAGAGCGAGAAGCAAUCACUUGAAAACCUAAACAACAUUUCCAUGUCUAACCCAAACGAGUCGACGUUUUACUUGGAAGUUAAAUCAUCUGAUGCAGAAUCAGACGACUUAAAUCAACUUUGGAUGUCUCGGCUAAUCAAUUAUUUGUUCUAUCCUAUAGGAACUGUUUUAUUAAACAACGUAGUUACUGAAUUAACCACUGCGAGUUACUUAAAUGAGGAAGAACUAAUGUUAAAAGCAAUGAACAGUAGCUUAAUAUCGGUUUUAGAGAAACUUUUAAAAGAAUUUGAAACGUCGGAAUCGCUGAAUACCACAAAAAAUAACAGUUACAUAUCUUUGAAUGAAAAUAUUAAUUUAGAUUCGCUCCGUAAGUCAAGAAUAAUUCAAAAAUUAAUAAGCAAACUGAAAGAGAGAAAAAAUAAUCUAAACGCGAAAUUCCAAAAUAAUUUAAAAUAUGAAUUAAAUAGUACAAGGAACGGAAAUGGGCAAAAAAUAAAAGCCAGGGAAUCGUCAACUGCCCAUAUUGCUAAAAUACAUGCCAUUCGUAAUGACCAUAAUUCAGCGUUUUUGGCUACAUUCAAAAAUGAAAAUUCUACUGCCUCCUUUCGCCAAGAAAAUAAUGGUGCGACACAGAAGGAAGAUCUUUUGCUCGAGUUACUAGUGGAAAAAAUAAAGGAAGAUUUCAGUCGUAUAUUUGAAUUGCUAAAUGCUUCAUCUACAACAUCUCAGAUCGAUGUAAAGAACAAAAAACAGCAUCAAAGCAAGUCAAACGAAAGUGUAAUUAAUCAAGAAGAAGCUUCUUCCAAUAUUGUGAAGAGUGAAUCUAAUGAAGAGGGUAAUAAGAACACUCGUAAUGAUUUAAUAAACUUCAUUAAUUCCGAAGAUUCAUUAUCAAUACCUGCUGAGCAAAGAAAAGGAGAGGAAGAAGACGAGUAAAGAGAAGCAAGACCUUAAAAAUUCAGAUAUAACUGGCGGCUUCAGCGACCAAAGUUCAUUAAAAUUCAAAUGUCGUAUCUUGAGUAUAAAAAUUUAGUGAUAAUUUAAAUUAUAUUUAAAUGCAUUUAGAAUCAACGAAAGCCAAAAUUUAUUUUUAAAGCAAAUUCAC